AUGGAUGAAAUUCUUCAAAUACUUCAUGAGUGUCAUUUCAGUAAUGACAAGCUUGAAGAAUUGUCAAACGUUACUGGGGACGAUUCGUUGGAAAAUGUAAAAAGUGAUGCUGAAAGAUUGCUCUUGAAUGCAAGAUGCGACGUAGGAAACGUCGAAUACUCGAAUUUAAAUAAAAUGCUAGCAAUCUGUUACUUAAAGAUGGGUAACGAACUCGAAGCUAUAUGUCAUUUAAUUGAAUCGCAUGCAGUGAUACUUCGUCAACAAAUAUUACACAGAUGCUUGAAAACAAAGCUGAGAGAGACAGUACUGAAUACAGAACAGGUCUGUGGACUGAAAUCUUCGUAUGUUGAGUUCAAUGUAAACAAUGUAAAUAAUGUUAAGAAUUUAAAGGCAAAACUCUUUGAUCUGCCCAAAGAAUGGUACAUGAUUCAAGUGACUGGUCAAUAUAAUCCUUCAUGUAUCACCGAAUAUCAAAAGUCUAUGUCAAAUACUAUGCAUGAGAUACACAUUACUGUAUUACCACCAGGGACAGAAGAGAUAGAACCUUUGUGUAUAACACUACCAAAGCCAGAAUUGCAUUCCUCUUACGAUGUUUGUCUGGAGAUUCAGAGGAUACUUUCUACCAAUAGAUCAGAACUUGCGGCUACUUAUGCGAACAAUGAAUUAUAUUGGAAAAUGCGUGGUCGACAAAAUACUAAUAUGAAGACAGCAAUACAAGCUUUAGAAUACAAAUGGUUAAGAGAGUGGAGAAUCCUAUUUAUGGCAGACCCUAUAGACAAAGAUGAUUUAGUAACAAACAUUGUUCAAAUGAUUGAUAAAUUGAUAUUAGACAACAAAAAACGUAAGAAUAUAUCAAUGCGACGCAAGUGGUUAUUAAAAAAGGUAGCACUGUCUGCUUGUUUUCUUACACGAGAAGAAAUAGCACGUGCGGUAAAGUAUGUGCUUUCCGGUUACGAAAAACUGGCAGAUAAUGUUAUAUUGUCUAUAUAUGGAAAAUUGUCAUCUAUUCAGGAAAUGAAGGAUGCAGUUAGGAAAACAUUAGUUUUAAUUGUCGAUGAACAUAUGGAUUACAUACCCUUUGAAUCAAUGGAAAUUAUAAAAUGUCAUCCUGUUACGCGUUUUCCGUCGUUUCAUAUUGCGUACGCUUUAUUCAAAGAACACGAGAGUUCGAUGGAGAAUGGUUGUAAGAUAAUUAAAGUUAGAAAGGACAUGGGUACGUGUAUAGUUAAUCCGUCUGGUAAUUUAGCUAAAAUGGAGAAACGCAUGAAACUUUUUAUUGAUUACUGGUUACCAAAUUGGAGAAGUUGGUACAGCGUCAAACCAGACGAAGAAGUAUUCGAAGAUGCUUUAGUUAAUCACGACAUACUAAUGUAUAAUGGUCAUGGCAAUGGAAUACAGUACUUACCUGGUGAACAAAUUGAAAGACUCCGGGUAAAAUCAAUUGUUUUACUGUUUGGUUGUAGUAGCGUAAAACUACUUACGGUAGGAGGACGUUAUCCACCAUACGGUGUUUCGAAUCAGUAUUUAAUAGCUAGCAGUCCUUGCGUACUUGGUAUGUUGUGGGAAGUCACUGACGCUGACAUUGAUAAGAUGACUGCCAAUUUCAUUAGUAACUGGAUACCAUCGCAAUUGAACAGAUCAUGGGCCGACGUUGACAUUAAUAUGUGGUGCGCGGGAACUCUCAAGUUUCUGAGAAAUAGAGAAGAGUGCACAGAAAACGUGCCCGUAGAACCAGAAAUGUUGAGAGCGGUAGCAAAGUCGAAAGAUGUCUGUUCUCAAUAUAUGACCGCGGCUGCAAUAGUGGUACGAGGACUACCGAUAAAGUUAAUUUAAAUUGUAAAUGUAAAAAC